AAAGUUUCCCCACUGCGUCUGUUUGUCCUGCAGCUGAAGGUGCACAGCUCAGUCACGACCUAUAUAUACAUACAUAUUUAAAACAACUUAUUAGACACAGACUGCAGCCUUCUUCUCCAAGUCUCUUGGUUCCUGUUCGGACAGUCCCGACAUGCAGCUUCUGUUUCUUUCGUGCGUAAUGGCGCUGCUCGCCGCCUCCUGCCUGCUGUCCGAGGCGCGCGUCGCCAAGCGCUUCGCCAUCGACUGUCCGGAGAGAUGCGACAAGUCCCAGUGCCCGCAGAUCCCCGCGGACUGCCUGGCCGGCGACGUGCUGGACAGCUGCAACUGCUGCCCGGUGUGCGCGUCCGGCGAAGGCGAGCAGUGCGGCGGGCCGGGCGACCAGGACUGCGCAGAGGGCAUGCAGUGCGUGGUGACCGACGGCGUGGAGGUGUCCGCCACCGUGAGGCGGCGGGGCAAGUCCGGCGUAUGCGUGUGCAGGAGCGCCGAGCCGGUGUGCGGCAGCGACGGCGUCUCCUACCGGAACAUCUGCGAGCUGAAGCGCGUCAGCAACCGGGCCACGAAGCUGCAGCAGCCGCCGGUCAUCUUCAUCCAGAGAGGAGCCUGCGGGAAGGCUCAGCUGAACCUCGACAGUCUGAGGCACAAAUACAACUUCAUCGCCGACGUGGUGGAGAAAAUCGCUCCCGCCGUCGUUCAUAUUGAACUCUUCCGCAAGAUGAUCUUUUCCAAGAGGGAGGUCGCCGUCGCCAGCGGUUCUGGUUUUGUUGUUUCUGAAGACGGGCUGAUCGUCACCAACGCCCACGUGGUCGCCAACAAGCACAGAGUAAAGGUGGAGCUGAAGAGCGGCGCCACCUACGACGCUAAGAUCAAAGACAUCGACGAGAAGGCCGACAUCGCCCUCAUCAAGAUCGACGUACCGACGAAGCUGCCCGUGCUGCUCCUUGGCCGCUCUGCGGACCUCCGGCCCGGAGAGUUCGUGGUCGCCAUCGGCAGCCCGUUCUCCCUGCAGAACACCGUCACCACCGGGAUCGUCAGCACCACCCAGAGAGGGGGCAAGGAGCUGGGCCUCCGCAAUUCAGACAUGGAUUACAUCCAGACGGACGCCAUCAUCAACUACGGGAACUCAGGAGGGCCAUUGGUCAAUCUGGACGGGGAGGUGAUUGGCAUCAACACUCUGAAGGUCACUGCCGGAAUCUCCUUCGCCAUCCCAUCGGACAAGAUCAGGCAGUUCCUGGCAGAGUCACACGACCGGCAGGCCAAAGGGAAAACAUUACCAAAGAAGAAAUACAUCGGUGUCAGAAUGAUGAGUCUCACUCCGUCGCUGGCAAAGGAGCUGAAGGAGAGGCAUUCGGACUUCCCCGACGUCACUUCAGGGGCGUACGUCAUCGAAGUCAUCAGCCGAACUCCAGCUGAGGCAGCUGGCCUGAAGGAGGGGGACGUCAUCAUCAGCAUCAACGGGGAUCCCGUCACCUCGGCCACCGAUGUCAGCAACGCCAUAAAGCGGGACGACAAGCUGCGGACGGUGGUGAGGCGGGGAAACGAGGACGUCAUCCUAACCAUCAUCCCCGAGGAGAUUGACCCUUGACCUCUCGGCUAGCAGGGCAGCCAAUCAGCGUGAGAGCUGAAGCAGUCAACCAAUCGUGAGCUGGCUCUCAGAGCUUCUCGACCAAUCAUGAACACUUUGAAUGAAACGAGCAUCCACUGGAGGGUGUGUUUGAGGCUGCGGCUGUCGAACUUCUUUUUUUCUCUAAAUCACUUCUCCCGCUCUGAGAGGCUCAUUACUCCUCAGACUGAAGCUUCACAAUGUCAUGUUAGCCAUUUCACUAAUCUCCAUUUACCUUCCGUCAUCUCUCAUCUCCUAUAUUCUAACACCUGUUGUACAGAGAGGUUACUGCAGGUCACCGUAGUUCACCGUGUAUUGUAUGUUCAUGUUCAUGAGGGGAUAUUUUUGUUAAAGUGUUUUCUCUUUGUGUUUGAUGACAGAGCUGUCAAAAAGGAGAAUAAAAUUAUUUUUGAAAAAAAAAAAAACAGUUUUCGCAGCAUUCUGAUUUCAGCGAUUUACUGGUAAAGGUGUGUAAAAAUGCAGAGCACAGAUUUAGCUGGUUCCUGGCAGACAGCUGGUUUUCACAAAAUGUUCAAUCGCUGAAUAAUAUGGCUUAUGUAAUAUGUCCUCAAAGGCCUUAUAGAUUAUUGAGUUUUUAAAAAUUAUUUAGCAAAAUGAUUUUUCCAUUUGGGGCUGCACAGUAGCGCAGUGGGUAGCACUGUUGUCUUGCAGUAAGAAGGUCCUGGGUUUGAUUCCCAGCCUGGGUUUUUCUGCAUGGAGUUUGCAUGUUCUCCUUGUGCAUGCAUGGGUUUAUGAUGUGUUGUUUUUUGUUUUCCAUAUUUUCCUGUUGUCAGACAGGUUAGGUUUAAGUGUGUUCUUGAUUUUAUAGGUCCGGAUGUAAUCACACCCAGGUGUUGCUAGUGAAACUCAACUCGGUUUUUCAUAAAUAUCACGACUAAACAAGGGAGGCAGUCACUUCUUAAUUAAAUGAUGUUGGUUUGGAUUACUUUUUAUUCCUUGAAUGAAUAUACAAUUAACUACUUUAUGCAUUAACUGUUAUCUUUGAAAUGUCAUGAUCCAAAACAUAGACAAGUGACAACAAAAAAGCAAAACCUGUUUAUAUUUCUGACUGCAAAUCCUUGUAAGGCAUUAGUUUUUACUCAUUUCUAAUGCUGAAGAAACAAUUUUCUAAAACGAAUUAAAGAAAUU